UCUACCUCCAGGCAGGGUGGUGGCGCUGCGUUGUCUACAACCCAGGGCAAGGCCGGGACCACCCAUAAGAUCUGUCUGGUGUGUUCAGAUGAGGCGUCUGGCUGUCACUAUGGGGUGCUCACCUGCGGAAGUUGCAAGGUGUUCUUCAAGAGAGCCGUGGAAGGUACAGUGGCAAGGGGUGAGAUGCUAGGACAACUGAUAUGGUCUGGUCCCAGAUCUGUUUUUACUAUCUUGCCAAGAGGUUAGAUAGUAGGACAACUGGUAUGGUCUGGUCCCAGAUCUGAUUUUUACUAUCUUGCCAAGUCGGCAGAAACCGAUCUGGGACUGGGCUACCACUGGUGAUGGCAUGAAAUGAUGUUGGUUUAUAUAUCAUCAAUACUUGCCUGUGGCAAGGAGUGAGAUGGUAAGACACCUUGUACUGUGGUGGCAUGGAAUGACGUUUGGUUUACGGUAGAUACUGGCAGGGUAGGAUGGCAAGGGGUGAGAUGGUAGGACAACUGGUACAACUGAUACUGGUACACAGCUGGUGGCAUGGAAUGGUGUUCGGUAUGCAUAUCAUAAAUGAUACUGUACUUGUUUGUGCCUGUUCUUAUAAAGACAAUGCAGACAUUUGAUUUGCAAGUUGGAGGCUUGCUGAUCCAGUGUGAUGCAAGGGGAAAUAAUGCUGUCAAGAAUAUAGUACUUUAUUAUAUUUUUUGUCAUUCAAAUGAUUUUUUCUUGUGUCUCAGGGCAACACAACUACCUGUGUGCUGGGAGGAACGACUGCAUCAUCGAUAAGAUCAGAAGGAAGAACUGUCCAGCCUGCCGCUUCCGCAAGUGUCUCAUGGCAGGGAUGAACCUGGAAGGUACGCUCUAUUACCUUGUUUUAUUGUCUCAUGGCAGGGAUGAACCUGGAAGGUACGCUCUUUUACCUUGUUUUAUUGUCUCAUGUCUCAUUACAACCAUUGAAGUAUUCAGACCCCUUGACUUUUUCAACAUUUUGUUACGUUACAGCCUUAUUCUAAAAUGGAUUAGAAUGCUUCGCUCCAGACCUCGUCAUCAACCAGUAUGUCUCUUUGUCUCUGUCUCUCUCGCGCUCUCUCUCUCUCUCCAGUAUCUGUCUUCAAUCUGUUUUAGUCUGUCUGUCUCUCUCUCGCUCCAGUAUGUCUUCAAUCUGUCUUAGUCUCUCUCUCUCUCUCCAGUAUCUGUCUUCAAUUUGUCUUAGUUUUAUUUUUUAUUUAACCUUUAUUUAACCAGGUAAGCCAGUUGAGAACAAGUUCUCAUUUUCAACUGCGACCUGGCCAAGAUAAAGCAAAGCAGUGCGAUAAAAACAACAACACAGAGUUACAUAUGGGGUAAACAAAACAUAAAGUCAAAAAAUACCACUGAAAAUAUAUAUACAGUGUGUUCAAAUGUAGUAAGUUAUGGAGGUAAGGCAAUAAAUAGGCCAUAGUGCAAAAUAAUUACAAUUAGUAUUAACACUGGAAUGAUAGAUGUGCAAGAGAUGAUGUGCAAAUAGAGAUACUGGGGUGCAAAUGAGCGAAAUAAAUAACAAUAUGGGGAUGAGGUAGUUGAGUGGGCUAAUUUCAGAAGGGCUGUGUACAGGUGCAGUGAUCGGUAAGGUGCUCUGACAACUGAUGCUUAAAGUUAGUGAGGGAGAUAAGUCUCCAGCUUCAGAGAUUUUUGCCGUUCGUUCCAGUCUCUCUCUCUCGCCAGUAUCUGUCUUCAAUCUGUCUUAGUCUCAUCAUUAACAUACAUGUCUCUCUCUCCUCAUCAGGGACCGUAUGAAGCUGCCCAGACCAGUAUGACAUCAUAAUUAACAUACCUGUCUCUCUCUCCUCAUCAGGGACCGUAUGAAGCUGCCCUACAUGACAGACCAGUAUGAGAUCAUCAUUAACAUAUGGAUUAAAUAAAUAAAUAAGUCCUCAGCAAUCUACACAGUAUACCCAGUAAUGACAAAGCGAAAACAGGUUUUUAGAAAUUGUUGCAAAUUUAUAAACAAUUUAAAACACAUACCUUAUUUACAUAAGUAUUCAGACCCCUUGCUAUGAGACUCGAAAUUGAGCUCAGGUGCAUCCUGUUUCCAUUGAUCAUCCUUGAGAUGUUUCUACAACUUGAUUGGAGUCCACCUGUGGUAGAUCCAAUUGAUUGGACAUGAUUUGGAAAGGCACACACCUGUCUAUAUAAGGUCCCACAGUUGACAGUGCAUGUCAGAAGCAAAAACCAAGCCAUGAGGUCGAAGGAAUUGUCCGUAGAGCUCCGAGACAGGAUUGGGGAAGGGUACCAAAACAUUUCUGCAGCAUUGAAGGUCCUCAAGAACACAGUGGCCUCAAUCAUUCUUAAAUGGAAGAAGUUUGGAACCACCAAGACUCUUCCUAGAGCUGGCUGCCUGGCCAAACUGAGCAAUCGGGGGAGAAGGGCAUUGGUCUGGGAGGUGACCAAGAACCCGAUGUUCACUCUGACAGAGCUCUAGAGUUCCUCUGUGGAGAUGGGAGAACCUUCCAGAUGGACAACCAUCUCUGCAGCACUCCACCAAUCAGGCCUUUAUGGUAGAGUGGCCAGACGGAAGCCACUCCUCAGUAAAAGAAACAUGACAGCCCGCUUGGAGUUUGCCAAAAGGCACUUAAAGACUCUCAGACCAUGAGAAACAAGAUUCUCUGGUCUGAUGAAAGCAAGAUUGAACUUUUUGGCCAAGCGUCACAUCUGGAGGAAACCUGGCACCAUCCCUAUGGUGAAGCAUGGUGGUGGCAGCAUCAUGCUGUGGGGGUGUUUUUCGGCAGCAGGGACUGGGAGACUAGUCAGGAUCGAGGGAAAGAUGAACGGAGCAAAGUAUAGAGAUCCUUGAUGAAAACCUGCUCCAGAGCGCUCAGGACCUCAGACUGGGGCGAAGGUUCACCUUCCAACAGGACAACGACCCUAAGCACACAGCCAAGACAACGCAGGAGUGGCUUCGGGACAAGUCUCUGAAUGUCCUUGAGUGGCCCAGCCAGAGCCCAGAGGCCGGACUUGAACCCAAUCGAACAUCUCUGGAGAGGUUCUGCAGAGAAGAAUGGGAGAAACUCCCCAAAUACAGGUGUGCCAAGCUUGUAGCGUCAUACCCAAGAAGACUCGAGGCUGUAAUUGCUGCCGAAGGUGCUUCAACAAAGUAUUGAGUAAAGGGUCUGAAUAACUAUGUAAAUGUCAUAUAUAUAUUUAAUAUAAAUUAACAACAAAUUUCUAAAAACCUGUUUUGGCUUUGUCAUUAUGUGUAGAUUGAGGAAAAAAUACAAUUUAAUACAUUUUAAAAUAAAAUUGGCCACUCAUUCCAAAACAGACUGCAACUCUUUGUUAAGGGUUUAAUUGACUUCAUUAGCUGUGGUCGCUGAUGCGUGUAUGGUUGAAUCAUCAGCACACAUGGACACACAUGCUUUGUUUAAUGCCAGUGGCAGGUCAUUGGUAAAAAUAGAAAAGAGUCGAGGGCCUAGAGAGCUGCCCUGCGGUACACCACACUUUACAUGUUUCACAUUGUAAAGAGGCCAUUUAAAGAAAAUGGAACCUGGAAGCUAAACUAUUUUACCUUGUUUUAUUGUCUCAUGGCAGGGAUGAACCUGGAAGCUAAACUAUUUUACCUUGUUGUAUUGUCUGAUGGCAGGGAUGAACCUGGAAGCUAAACUAUUUUACCUUGUUUUAUUGUCUCAUGGCAGGGAUGAACCUGGAAGCUAAACUAUUUUACCUUGUUUUAUUGUCUAAUGGCAGGGAUGAACCUGGAAGCUAAACUAUUUUACCUUGUUGUAUUGUCUGAUGGCAGGGUUGAACCUGGAAGCUAAACUAUUUUACCUUGUUUUAUUGUCUCAUGGCGGGGAUGAACCUGGAAGCUAAACUAUUUUACCUUGUUUUAUUGUCUCAUGGCAGGGAGGAACCUGGAAGCUAAACUAUUUUACCUUGUUUUAUUGUCUGAUGGCAGGGAUGAAUCUGGAAGCUAAACUAUUUUACCUUGUUUUAUUAUCUGAUGGCAGGGAUGAACCUGGAAGGUACACUCUUUUACGUUGUUUUAUUGUACAGAUUCUAGAUUUGUUUUGAUGUAAAUUGGUGUACAACUCAGUCUAUGACUACAAGCUACUACAACCUCAAAUACCAGAUACAAGUAGAUAUAUUAGAGAUCAUGGUCACUCAAUCUACCGCCUCGCUCCCUCUCUCCAUCCCCACAGCUCGUAAAACCAAGAAGCUGAACCAUUUAAAGGGGGUGCAGCAGCCCACCACGGCCGAGCUGACCCCCCCUCCCCUCCCAGAGGCCAGGUCGCUGGUCCCUAAGUCCAUGCCCCAGCUCACCCCCACCAUGCUGUCUCUACUGAAGGCCAUCGAGCCAGACACCAUCUACUCUGGCUACGACGGCACCCUGCCAGACACCUCCACACGCAUCAUGACCACCCUCAACAGGCUGGGGGGACGACAGGUCGUAUCAGCCGUCAAGUGGGCCAAGUCCCUGCCAGGUACCACUCUCUCUAAGAGACACUGUUGGAAACCUUAGAUAGCAUUACUAUACAGUAUCAUCAGGGAAAUGGAACCUUUAGUCAUUCAGUGUUCUGUUAUCUUCCCGUGCAGGGUUCCGGAACCUUCACCUGGACGACCAGAUGACUCUGCUGCAGUGUUCCUGGUUGUUCCUCAUGUCCUUCGGCCUGGGCUGGAGAUCCUACCAGCAGUGUGACGGGAACAUGCUCUGCUUCGCUCCAGACCUCGUCAUCAACCAGUAUGUCUCGUUGUCUGUCUCGCUCUCUCUCUCUCUCUCUCUCCAUUAUUUGUCUUCAAUCUGUCUUAGUCUCUCUCGCUCUCUCCAGUAUCUGUCUUCAAUCUGUUUUAGUCUCUGUCUCUCUCUCUCCAUUAUUUGUCUUCAAUCUGUCUUAGUCUCUCUCUCGCUCUCUCCAGUAUCUGUCUUCAAUCUGUCUUAGUUUUGUAUUUUAAUUUUUAAUUUCACCUUUAUUUAACCAGGUAAGCCAGUUGAGAACAAGUUCUCAUUUACAACUGAGACCUGGCCAAGAUAAAGCAAAGCAGUGCGAUAAAAACAACAACACAGAGUUACAUAUGGGGUAAACAAAACAUAAAGUCAAAAAUACCACAGAAAAUAUAUAUACAAUGUGUACAAAUGUAGUAAGUUAUGGAGGUAAGGCAAUAAAUAGGCCAUAGUGCAAAAUAAUUACAAUUAGUAUUAACACUGGAAUGAUAGAUGUGCAAGAGAUGAUAAGAGAUACUGGGGUGCAAAUGAGCAAAAUAAAUAACAAUAUGGGGAUGAGGUAGUUGAGUGGGCUAAUUUCAGAAGGGCUGUGUACAGGUGCAGUGAUCGGUAAGGUGCUCUGACAACUGAUGCUUAAAGUUAGUGAGGGAGAUAAGAAUCUCCAGCUUCAGAGAUUUUUGCAGUUCGUUCCAGUCUCUCUCUCUCGCGCCAGUAUCUGUCUUCAAUCUGUCUUAGUCUCAUCAUUAACAUACCUGUCUCUCUCUCCUCAUCAGGGACCGUAUGAAGCUGCCCAGACCAGUAUGACAUCAUAAUUAACAUACCUGUCUCUCUCUCCUCAUCAGGGACCGUAUGAAGCUGCCCUACAUGACAGACCAGUAUGACAUCAUAAUUAACAUACCUGUCUCUCUCUCCUCAUCAGGGACCGUAUGAAGCUGCCCUACAUGGCAGACCAGUAUGACAUCAUCAUUAACAUACCUGUCUCUCUCUCCUCCUCAGGGACCGUAUGAAGCUGCCCUACAUGACAGACCAGUGUGAACAGAUGUUGAAGAUCUCCAGUGAGUUUGUCAGACUGCAGGUGUCUCAUGACGAGUAUCUGUGUAUGAAGGUUCUGCUGCUGCUCAGCACCGGUGAGUCUCAGCCCCGCUUUUACUUUGACCUUUCACACUUGAGUCCAUAACAAUAUGCCAACCUAUUUCCUGAUUGAUGGCUGUGUGUUCCUGGGUUUUUAGUGUUCUUUUUUUUUAAUGUUGAUCCUGGCAUUGGGAUGUCAAAAUAAAAGUUUCCUAUUUCAUCUUAUUGUAUUUUCGCUCAACAUUUUCAACAUAUAAUGGAAGGGGAACUGCAUAGGUAUGACUUACUGGGUUUAUUGAACACAUUUCCUGUUAUGUUUCCAUUUAGUGCCAAAGUAUGGUCUCGAGAAAGGCACACAGAGGUUGAUGUAUUGUGUUGUCUCCCCUCCCCCCCAGUGCCAAAGGAUGGUCUGAAGAGUCAGGCAGUGUUUGAUGACAUCAGGAUGUCCUACAUUAAGGAGUUGGGGAAGGCCAUCGUCAAGAGGGAGGAAAACUCCAGCCAGAACUGGCAACGCUUCUACCAGCUCACCAAGCUUCUUGACUCCAUGCACGAGGUACACAUUAGAGGUCUUCACGUGUCCAACAGACCCAAAAUCCUGAGAUAAGGCCCGGGACCGGGUCCUAAAUUCUGACUUUUGCCUCGGAUCUGGGUUGGGUCUGAUUUAAUUGCCACGGGUCUUGGGUAUGUACAAUCAAAAUUGAUUGACCGUCUGGACCCAAUUGGACCCAUCUUCUGUUAAUUUAAUGUGUAUGAGGUGAUGAGAACUGCGCAAGCUUGUUAUCUGUGUCAGCCAAUUGCAACUCAAAAUGUAUAGCUUACAGUGGGGGAAAACAAGUAUUUAGUCAGCCACCAAUUGUGCAAGUUCUCCCACUUAAAAAGAUGAGAGAGGCCUGUAAUUUUCAUCAUAGGUACACGUCAACUAUGACAGACAAUAGAUAAUUUUUUUUCCAGGAAAAAUCACAUUGUAGGAUUUUUUAAUGAAUUUAUUUGCAAAUUAUGGUGGAAAAUAAGUAUUUGGUCACCUACAAAACAAGCAAGAUUUCUGGCUCUCACAGACCGGUAACUUCUUCUUUAAGAGGCUCCUCUGUCCUCCACUCGUUACCUUUAUUAAUGGCACCUGUUUGAACUUGUUAUCAGUAUAAAAGACACCUGUCCACAACCUCAAACAGUCACACUCCAAACUCCACUAUGGCCAAGACCAAAGAGCUGUCAAAGGACACCAGAAACAAAAUUGUAGACCUGCACCAGGCUGGGAAGACUGAAUCUGCAAUAGGUAAGCAGCUUGGUUUGAAGAAAUCAACUGUGGGAGCAAUUAUUAGUGAAAUGGAAGACAUACAAGACCACUGAUAAUCUCCCUCGAUCUGGGGCUACACGCAAGAUCUCACCCCGUGGGGUCAAAAUUAUCACAGAACGGUGAGCAAAAAUCCCAGAACCACAACGGGGGGACCUAGUGAGUGACCUGCAGAGAGAAAUUGAUUUCUUGAUCCGUGUAAAGGAAAGAAUGAAUGAAUGAAUGUAUCGUGAGAUUUUGAGUGAAAACCUUCUUCCAUCAGCAAGGGCAUUGAAGAUGAAACUGGCUGGGUCUUUCAGAAUGACAAUGAUCCCAAACACACCGCCCGGGCAAGGAAGGCGUGGCUUCGUAAGAAGCAUUUCAAGGUCCUGGAGUGGCCUAGCCAGUCCGGGUGGCCAUUUGAUUAAUUGUUCAGUAGUCUUAUGGCUUCGGGGUAGAAGCUGUUAAGGAGCCUGUUGGACCUAGACUUGGUACUCCGGUACUGCUUUUCGUGUGGUAGCAGAGAGAACAGUCUAUGACUUGGGUGACUGGAGUCAUUGACAAUUUUUUGGGCCUUCCUCUGACACUGCCAAGUACAUAGGUCCUGGAUGGCAGGAAGCUUGGCCCCAGUGAUGUAUUGGGCCGUACGCACUACCCUCUGUAGUGCCUUGCGGUCGGAGGCCGAGCAGUCGCCAUUCCAGGCAGUGAUGCUGGUCACUGUCCCACGCACAAAACCCCAUAAUGUUAAUUUUUUAACAAAUUCAUUUAAAAUAAAAAGCUGACAUGUCUUGAGUCAAUAAGUAUUCAACCCAUUUGUUAUGGCAAGCCUAAAUAAGUUCAGGAAUAAACAUUUGCUUAACAGGUCACAUAUUAAGUUGCAUGGACUCACUCUGUGUGUAAUAAUAGUGUUUGACAUGAUUUUUUAAUGACUACCUCAUCUCUGUACCCCACACAUACAAUUAUCUGUAAGGUCCCUCAGUCAAGCAGAGAAUAUCAAACACAGAUUCAACCACAAAGACCAGGGAGGUUUUCCAAUGCCUCGCAAAGAAGGGCACCUAUUGCUAGAUGGGUAAAAAAAAAAAAGAAACAGACAUUGAAUAUCCCUUUGAGCAUGGUGAAGUUAUUAAUUACACUUUGGAUGGUGUAUCAAUACACCCAAUCAUUACAAAGAUACAGGCGUCCUUCCUAACUCAGUUGCCGGAGAGGAAGGAAAUCGCUCAGUUAUUUCACCGUGAGGCCAAUGGUGACUUUAAAACAAUUACAGAGUUUAAUGGCUAGGAUAGGAGAAAACUGAGGAUGGAUCAAAAACAUUGCAGUUGCUCCACAAUACUAACUUAAUUGGCAGAGUGAAAGGAAGGAAGCCUGUACAGAAUAAACAUGUUCCAAAACAUGCAUCCUGUUUGCAACAAGGCACAAAAGUAAUAAUGCAAAAAAUGUGGCAAAGCAAUUCACUUUUUGUCCUGAAUACGAAGCGAUAUGUUUGGGUCAAAUCCAAUACAACACAUUACUGAGGACCACUCUCCAUAUUUUCAAGCAUAGUGGUGGCUGCAUCACGUUAUGGGUAUGCUUGUAAUCGUUAAGGACUUAAAAAGAAACAUAAUGGUGCUAAGCACAGGCAAAAUCCUAGAGGAAAACCUGGUUCAGUCUGCUUUCCACCAGACACUGGUAGAUUAAUUCCCCUUUCAGCAGGACAAUAACUUAAAACACAAGGCCAAAUCUACACUGGAGUUGCUUACCAAGAAGAAAGUGAAUGCUCCUGAGUGGCUGAGUUAGUUUUGACUUAAAUCUGCUUGAAAAUCUAUGGCAAGACCUGAAAAUGGCUGUCUAGCAAUGAUGAACAACCAAUUUGACAGAGCAUGAAGCAUUUUGAAAAGAAUAAUGGGCAAAUGUUGCACAAUCCAGGUGUGGAAAGCUCUUAGAGACCCAGAAAGACGCACAGCUGUAAUCGCUGCCAAAGGUGGUUCUACAAAGUAUUGAUUCAGGGGUGUGAAUACUUAUGUAAAUUAGAUUUCUGUAUUUCAUUUUCAAUACAUUUGCAAUGUUUAAAAAUAUAUAUUAAUACACUAUAUAUACAAAAGUAUGUGGACACCCCUUCAAAUUAGUGGAUUUGGCUAUUUCAGCCACACCCAUGCUGACAGGUGUAUAAAAUCGAGCACAAAGCCAUGCAAUCUCCAUAGACAAACAUUGGCAGUAGAAUGGCCUUACUGAAGAGCUCAGUGACUUUCAAUCUGGCACCGUCAUAGGAUGCCACCUUUCCAACAAGUCAGUUCGUCAAAUCUCUGCCCUGCUAGAGCUGCCCCGGUCAACCGUAAGUGCUGUUAUUGUGAAGUGGAAACGUCUAGGAGCAACAAUGGCUCAGCCGCGAAGUGGUAGGCCACACAAGCUCACAGAACGGGACCACCGAGUUCUGAAGGAUCUAGCCCGUAAAAAUCGUUGUUUCCUUGGUUCCUCCGAACUGCCGAGUUCCGAACUGUUUGUCGGGAGCUUCAUGAAAUUGGACUCUGGAGCAGUGGAAAUGCGUUCUCUGUAGUGAUAAAUCACGCUUCACCAUCUGGCAGUCCGACGGAUUAAUCUGGGUUUGGCGGAUGCCAGGAGAACGCUACCUGCCCCAAUGCAUAGUGCCAACUGUAAAGUUUGGUGGAGGAGGAAUAAUGGUCUGGGUCUGUUUUUCCUGGUUCAGGGUAGGCAACAGUUUGGGGUAGGCCCUUUCCUGUUUCAGCAUGACAAUGCCCCCGUGCACAAAGCGAGGUCCAUACAGAAAUGGUUGGUCGAGAUCAGUGUGGAAGAACUUGACUGGCCUGCACAGAGUCCUGACCUCAACCCCAUUGAACACCUUUGGGAUGAAUUGGAACGCCGACUGCGAGCCAGGCCUAAUCGCCCAACAUCAGUGCCCGACCUCACUAAUGCUCUUGUGGCUGAAUGGAAGUCCCUUCAGCAAAUGGUGUUGUGUUGUUUUUAUGCAAGAAACCACUUUACAAAAUAUAAUGCAUUAUUAUUCCCAUACCAUUAUUACACAGAAUCAGACAAAUUAUGCUACCCUCUGCCUAUUGGCUACUUAGCUUAUUCAAGCCUGUCUCAAAAUACAACACUGCCCCUUUAAGACAUAAAAAUAUUGCUGCCUCCUGGUGGUCUGGAGCGCAAUAAAUAUGAGAUUCAUGUUUCAGUUUCUGUACACGUGGCAUACAGCUAGAUAUGAGAUUCAUGUUUCAGUUUCAGUUUCUGUACACAUGGCAUACAGCUAGAUAUGAGAUUCAUGUUUCAGUUUCAGUUUCUGUACACAUGGCAUACAGCUAGAUAUGAGAUUCAUGAUUCAGUUUCUGUACACAUGGCAUGCAGCUAGAAAUUGGAUUCAUGUUUCAGUUUCAGUUUCUGUACACAUGGCAUACAGCUAGAUAUGAGAUUCAUGUUUCAGUUUCAGUUUCUGUACACAUGGCAUACAGCUAGAUAUGAGAUUCAUGUUUCAGUUUCUGUACACAUGGCAUACAGCUAGAUAUGAGAUUCAUGUUUCAGUUUCAGUUUCUGUACACAUGGCAUACAGCUAGAUAUGAGAUUCAUGAUUCAGUUUCUGUACACAUGGCAUGCAGCUAGAAAUUGGAUUCAUGUUUCUAUGCACAUGGCAUUUGAUUUGAUUUAUUACGAUCCCAAUUAGCCGACGCCAAUGGCGACAGCUAGUCUUACUGGGGUCUGACACAUAAUGAAAAAGACAUUACAGACAAAAUACUUUACAAUUGACAUACAUUUAAAACAUUAACAUGUAGUGUGUGUGUGUGUGUGAGCAUCUAUCAGUUACACAUACAUGUCAGUACAUACACACAACAAGUAGGUCACAUGGGGGAGAGGCGUUGUGUCGUGAAGUGUUGCUUUAUUUGGUUUUUGAAACCAGGUUUGCUGUUCACUUGCACUAUAUAAGAUGGAAGGGAGUUCCAUGCACUCAUGGCUCUGUAUAAUACUGUACGUUUCCUUGAAUUUGUUCUGGAACUGGGGACUGUGAAAAGACCCCUGCUGGCAUGUCUGAUGGGGUAAGUGUGUGUGUCAGUGCUGUGAAAAGACCCCUGGUGGCAUGUCUGGUGGGGUAAGUGUGUGUGUCAGUGCCGUGUGUAAGUUGACUAUGCAAACACUUUGGAAUUUCCAACCCGUUAAUGUUUCUUAUAAAAACAAGAAGUGACAGUCAGUCUUUCCUCAACUCUUAGCCAAGAGAGACUGGCAUACAUAGUAUUAAUAUUAGCCCUCUGAUUCCAAUGAAGAGCAAGACGUGUGGCUCUGUUCUGGAUCAGCUGCAGCUUAACUAGGUCUUUCUCUGCAGCUCUGGACCAUAUGACUGGACAAUAAUCAAGAUAAAACUAGAGACUGCAGGACUUGCUUUGUGGAGUGUGGUGUCAAAAAAGCAGAGCAUCUCUUUAUUACGGACAGACCUUUCCCCAUCUUUACAACCAAUGAAUCUAUAUGUUUUGACCAUGACAUCUAGAUAUGGGAUUCAUGUAGGAGUAUUAGUGGGUUUUGAACAAAGAUAUGAGAAACGGUGACAAUAAUUUGCAGAUGUUGUGACAGGAUGUGUUAAAUGUGUUCUCCUGUCAUUCGUCUAUCCAGGUUUGUUUUAGUGUUUUCUGUUUUGUUUUCAAUGUACACUGAGAACAUUUCUGUGACCAACAGACAAUAAAUAAACAUGUCAGAUGUUCUGCUUUCCCUUUAGAUGGUUGGUGGUCUGCUGGACUUCUGCUUCUACACGUUCGUCAACAAGUCCCUGUCGGUGGAGUUCCCAGAGAUGUUAGCAGAGAUCAUCAGCAACCAGUUACCAAAAUUCAAAGCCGGCAGCGUCAAGCCCCUCCUCUUCCACCAGAAA